AUGGCAACGGGGCUGGAGGGGGCGUGGCUUGGGGAGGGGGCGUGGCGCGCCAGCGGAAGCGGAAGCGGCGGCGGCGGCGGCGGGACGCGGCGAGGAUGUCCUCGGGGGACGCGACAGCCCCGACGGCAGCCCCGGGGGGGUCCCCGGCGAUGGGGGGGGCGAUUUCCACCAGCGCCCGCCGCCGGCGGGGGCCCGGCCCCCCGCCCCCCCUCCGUCGCCCCCGCUCCCAGCCCGGCCCCCCCCGCCGCCGCCGACGUUUUCGUGACGGCGCGGACGGAUUUCCGAGCUCAGCUGCGACGUUGUCAGCGUCUCCUGGCGCCGGGGGGGGCCGGGGGGGCUCGGGGGGGUCCCCUCGUGUCCCCCCCCGGGGAGCUGCGCCUCCACGGCCUGGGCCUGGCCGUGCCCCGCACCAUCAACCUGGCCCUGCAGCUCCAAGCCGGGGCUCCCGGCGCCCUCCGCCUCCACGCCAGCACCUCCUCCGUCACCCUGCCCCCCCUGGCCGCCCCCCGCCGCCGGCGGGGACCCCCCCCGCCCCGGGGCGGGGCGCUGAGGAGGAGGGGGAGGCGUUGGAGGACGAGGAUGAGGAAGAAGAAGGGGAAGGGGCGUCUUCCCGGCCCCGCCAUAACUCGGCCAUCCACAUCAGGGUUUGCCGAGAGGCUCCCUGCGCUUGAGGGGGGGGCUCCCCGGGGCUUUGGGGGGGCUCCCCGAGGCAUUGAGGGGGCUCCCCGGGGUGUGGGGGGGGCUCCCCGGGGUGUGGGGGGGGCUCCCCAGGGGGUUGGGUGACACCCUGAGGCGUUGGGGGGGGGCUCCCUGAGGCAUCAUGGCGUGCCCCAAAAUGCUCAGGAACACCCCAAAAUGGUCUUGAGAGGUUCGGGGGGCUCUGUCAGCUGUGGGAGCCCCCCGAAACACCCAGAGACCCCCCCCCAGUGACACCCCAGAGCGCCGUGGGGUCUGUUGGCUGCACGGGGACGCCCCAACCCCCCCCCGAAGCACCCCAAAACACCCUUGAGAGGCCUGGGAGCGUCGGGGGUCGCUUGUCAGCCUCAGAACUCCUCCGUGAGCCGCCGUUGGGGUCACCGGGACCGACCACUGGCCGGGGCCACCGCGAGCCACUGGUGACCUUGGGGCCACCAACGAGCCGGGGCCACCAUGACCUGGAGCCACCACGAGCCACCGGUGACCUUGGGGCCACCAAGAUGCCACCAACGAGCCAGGGCCACCAUGACCUGGAGCCACCACGA